AUGGGCGGUGGCAUCUCGACGAACGGCGACCUCGGGCAGAUGAUCGCUUGCACGAUGCUCAUCGGCGAAGCCAUGUUCCAGGGCCUCGACCCGCGCUACAUCCGCUUCCCAGACAUGUACCGCCUGUAUGACUUUCACGUGGGCAAGAAGCGGUACCGGACCGCCAAGCCCCAAGGUGCCACCAUCAUGCUCAUUGGCAGCGACGGCGUCGCGCGCGUUGUGGAGAAGAAGGCCGACGACGCCGACGCAGCGCCCGCGAUCGACGCCGAACCCGCAAUCGACGAAAACGACGCUGACAAGUACCUCGUCGUGAACGUCGCCGACGACCGCGUGGUGCUGGACCGCGCGGCGCUCUUCACGCCCAACGCCGACGGCUGGACGCCACUGCAUGCGAGCUGCCAUACACUCAACACGGUCGACGCGGGCAAGGCGAUCUUGAAGGCGAUGCUCGAGAUGGACCGAGACCAGACCAUGAGUGUGCUUGGUACCAAGACAACGCGCGGCCCCGGGUCCUUCUCGGCUGGCUUUACACCGCUGCACAUUGCCUGCGCCUAUGGCAUUGAAGCCCUCGCCCUCAAACUCAUCAAGGCCAAGUCGAAUGUCAACACGACCAACUCGGUCGCGUGGAAUCCACUGCACGAAGCGUGCCAUCGCGGAUUUGUUUCGAUCGCCAAGGAGCUCUUGCGGGCGGGGGCCGAUCCGACCGCGGUCUGUCCCGAGUUUGCACUUUGCCCGUUUGCGGGACAGACGCCCCUCGGCGAAGCGGCGCGGCAAGGCCACGUCGACGUCGUCAAGUUGCUCCUUGACCACGGCGUCGACAAGAAUGCAGUCAACGCGCUGCACUGGACGGCGUUGCACGAAGCGGCUUAUCACAACCGCAGCGAGAUCGUGCGCACACUGGUGGUGCACGGCGCCGACGUGCUCGUCAAGACGGCGCGCGGCGCGAUCGCGUCCCAGCUCACCAUCUCGAUGGAGAUCAAGACGAUGCUCGACGACGUCGGCGAGGCCCAAGCGGCGAGUCCAAAAAAGCCACCCGCAUCCACUCUGCAAAGUACGUCGUCGCCGCCCAAGGAGAAGACAUGCGUGCCGGUCCCUGCCCCCGACACGGACCGCCGCCCAGAUGCCACCCCGAUCGCCGAGCCGGACAAUCCGGGCGUCAAGCCCAAGAAGAAGAAGAAAAGCUCCAAAGCACACAAGAAGCCGAGUGACGACGAGGAGGUGCCGAUUGAAUUCCGGUGCGCGAUCACAAAAAAGCUGCUCCACGACCCCCUCAAGUCGCCGUACGGCCACGUCUUUGAGCGCAAGGUGGUCGAAAAGUGGUUUACCAACUAUGGCAGCCGGUGCCCCGUGACGGGCGAGCCGCUCGGACUUGGCCAACUCGUGCCGGACGAGGCGCUCAAGACGGAGAUUGCGGCCUGGCUCGCGCCCGAUAGCCCGAAACACCACCAGAAUGCAACGGAAUCCGCCAAGCUCGACGAUGCCAAGGCGGUCGAGGCGACUCACGAAGAGGCCAAGCAUGACGAGGACUUGUAUGAUUUUUAA